UCGGUGUAUAGACUUUUCCGAAGCAAAUUAAAACCUUGCAUUGUGUUUGCGCAGAUCCAUCCUAAACGGCCCGAGUUGUGUUCUUGCUGUCUUCAACAUAAUGGAGGUGAAGCAACCAAGUCAAGCCUUGAGACUCCGCCCUCCGCUUGCUCGCAAGGAUCCAUGGCUUGUUCAGGUCCAUGGAAAGAAGGAUGAAAACCAGACCUUUUUUAACGUAUCAGAAGGCCGUUAUCACGUUAAGAGCAUUCCGCAGAUGCGCGGAAAGGAGAUAUGCACAUCAUCCUUUGGUUGGCUGGUUUUGGGUGAUGACCAAUCUCAUGAUUGUUUCCUGCUAAAUCCAGUUUCCAUGCAGAAAAUCCAACUUCCGUCAUAUUCCUUGGAUUAUAACUUCUGCUUGCUCACGUCGCCUCCUGAACAACCCAACUGUCUCGUUCUCUUCAUCACCUGUGAGACUAUCAGAAGAUCGGGUGUCUUUAUAAGUGUCAAUAUGAGCUUUAGAUUCUGUCAUCCUGGCGACCAUAACUGGGUCGAACUCAAACGCGAGCCUGUUGAAGAUCGAGGGCAACUGAUCAUAAGUGCAACUUGCUUUGAUGGAAGGAUUUACUUGCUCAACUCUUCUGGAAAUUUUGUUUUGGUUGAGGUAAAACCUGAUCUUAGAUUUACACAUCAAGGGAUUGGCAGACUUCCACCACGCAAACGAGGAACUUGUAGAUGGACUUUCACAAAGCUAAUUGACGUAGGAGGAGACUUGUUCCUCAUCCAACAGAUAUGUCAUCUUCUGAACUUGCAAGAGGAUGUUCAAAUUGAUGAUUUCAUAAUUUAUAGAUUGAAUGUUGAUCUGAAGGUUUGGGAGAUGGUGGAGAAUAUUGGAGACCUAGCCUUCUUCUUGAGCCCCACUUCAAAGGCUUGGUGUUGGGGAAGCAAAUCGGGAAUCAAGGGUAACACCAUCUACUUCAUACAACAUAAUGAUCUAAGCCUUUAUGCAUUUGAUCUUGAAGAAAAGAGCAUUGCUGUUUCUUUACCUUGUCCGAAUCUAAAAAGGUCACCAUGGCGUCUAUCUGCUGACUGGGUCAUGCCGCUUAUUUAAGAAAUUUUGCUUUGACUAAAAUAUCAAUUCCAUU